AUGUCGACUGUGUUAUUAGAUGAUUUGUUUUUCAGUAGAGCUAAGAAAAUAAUGGAAAUACUUGGUGUAUGGGUUCCUCCAACCGAGGAAAAUACCCUUCAAAAGUUGUAUAAGAUAUUUAUGCUGAUAUUGCAAUAUUUAUUUCUUUUUUUCCAAAUUAUCUACGUCGUUCAAGUUUGGGGCGAUUUGGAAGCGGUGUCAGAGGCUGUGUACCUGUUAUUCACUCAGGCUUGCUUAUGUUGCAAAAUAACAGUAUUUCACGUGAAUGUUGAAACAAUAAGAAAGCUAAUAGUACAAAUGAAUAGUGAUAUCUUCAAACCGCAAUGCAAGCCGCAUAAUUGGAUUUUAAAUAGACGAGCUAGAAAGAUAAAACGCUUAUUACUAUUAUUUAUAGUUGCUGCUGAAACAAUUUGUGGGGUUUGGGGACUAAAGCCACUAUUCGAUGAUUUCGAUGUCAGAAAAUUUCCCUUCGAUAUGUGGAUGCCAGUUAAACCGAAUAAUUCUCCACAAUAUGAGCUGGGUUACAUAUUCCAAGAGCUAACAAUUUGCAUGAGCGCUCUGAUGUACUUCGGGGUGGAUAGUGUCGCCAUUUCUAUGGUCAUAUUUGCGUGUGCGCAGAUGGAGAUUAUUAUGAGCAAAAUUAUGAGCGUGAGUACCCAUUUACAUUUAAUAAGGUUAGAUAAUUUACAAAUUAUAAUUAAUAUAGGUAACCAGAAAUUAGCAGAGUGCGUGAAGCAGUAUCAAGCGGUGGUUAGAUUUACUGAAUUAGUAGAAGAUGCGUUUCAUAUUUAUUUCUUAUUUCAAAUAACGGGCACCGUUGGAAUAAUUGUGAUGAGUGCCUUUCGGAUAUUAGUCGUCGAGCAGCAUAGCAUGUUGUUUAUAUCUUUGAUAGUUUAUCUGAUAGUGAUGACGAGUCAGAUGUUCCUCUGUUGUUGGAGCGGCCAUGAGCUGACGGCCACUAGUGAAGAAUUGCACACAGUAUUAUACAUGAGCAAGUGGUACGAACAAGACGUUAAGUUCCAACGCACGUUGUGUUUCGCGAUGACACGCAUGAGUCGGCCGCUGGUCCUCCGAGCCGGUCACUAUAUCAGCCUAUCGCGGCAGACGUUUGUUAGUAUCCUUCGUAUGUCAUAUUCUUAUAUAGCAGUUUUGAAUCAAACUAAUAAGAUGAAUAGAUGUUGUUCUUCAUAUCAACCCAUUAAAAUGGCAACCAACAUCGAUCUUUUCUUGAGCAGACCUCGCACCAUCUUAAAAUACUUGGGUAUUUGGAUGCCUCCAGAGAAAUACAUAAUUUUACUUAACAUUUAUAAGUUUUGUGUGAUGUUCACGCAAUUUUCUUUUAUUUUAUUCGAAUUUGUGUACGUUGCGGUGGUCUGGGGAGAUAUAGACGAAGUUUCUGAAGCGUCAUAUCUUCUAUUCACACAAGCUUCUGUGUGUUAUAAGACUACUGUUUUUAUGAUGUAUAAAGAAAAUCUGAAAGAUCUUCUUCGUUUUAUGGUGGUGGAUACGUUUGCGCCACAAUCCCCGCAGCAUGAGAAGAUACUAUCAUCUCACGCUAAGACAAUAAAAAAUCUUUGCGCCGUUUUCUUAACCAGUGCUAUUACUACAUGCACCCUGUGGGCUAUAAUGCCUCUUUUUGAUACAGCUGAAACGAGAUUUUUUCCCUUCAAAAUAUGGAUGCCAGUUGAUCCAGAAAAGUCACCACACUAUGAAAUCGGAUAUUUAUAUCAGAUGAUUAGUAUUUAUAUCAGCGCUUUACUUUUCUUUGCGGUGGAUAGCACAGCGCUGUCUAUGAUCAUAUUCGGAUGUGCGGAACUAGAAAUUAUCAUUGAUAAAGUAAAGAAGAGUAUUUCAAUGAGUAUGAGAUUAAAAGAAGAUAUUUGUAAGAAAAUGGAAAAUGAAAACAAUGCACUUUUGAACGAAUGCAUUCAACAGCACCAAGCUGUCGUAAAAUUUAUAGAAAUGGUGGAGAACACCUACCACGCUAAUAUAUUUUUUCAACUUAGUGGAACUGUCGGAAUAGUUUGUAUCAUUGGACUAAGAAUUACUAUUGUAAAACCAAGCAGCGUUCAAUUCUAUUCAAUGCUCAAUUAUAUGGUCACCAUGUUGUCGCAGCUCUUCUUAUAUUGUUGGUGCGGGAAUGAACUCACCACAAAGAGUCAAGAGCUUCGGGAAUAUCUAUACUUAUGUCCAUGGUACGAGCAAAACGCAAAAUUUCGAAGGUCGCUCAUAAUAGUCAUGGAAAGAAUGAAGAAACCUAUAAUAUUUAAAGCUGGACAUUACAUUCCACUGUCACGGCCUACAUUUGUAUCUAUACUUCGUUCGUCGUAUUCAUACUUUGCCGUUUUAAACCAAACAAAAAAUAAAUAA